AUGAAAGAGAAAGUUAGAUGGUGCCGUGGGAAACAGGAGGACUGUGGUUGCACACAGCAAGCGAACCGAGAACAGGACGAAGGGGCAGCUGAGGCUUUUUGCAAAGAACACUCGGUGACAGGGAGAGUAGGGAGAGGAAAGGGUUGGACGAUCCCCAGAGCCUCCAAAGUGUGCAGGUUGUUUGAGCUCUCGAGGGAUGACCAAGCCUUAAGUGACGUCGCUCACUUCGCCUCCGGGUCCCGCCCAGUUUUUGCCCGGGUUUCAGUUCAGGUUACUCCGCCCCCUCCGUCUCUGCCCCGCUCCUCCGAGGAAACAGUUCAGGCUACCCUCAUUGACCGCCUUUCCCAUGGGUCCCCGCCCUCCCGUGUUUGUGGGGGAAGCCUCGCGAGAUCGCCACAGGCCGUCCCUGGCGGCGCCAUCUUUGUGCCUGGCGAGCGACGGCGCUCAACGCGAGCUCUGAAGCUGGAGGUUGGCUUGCCAAGCUCUCGCCGAGACCGGAUCCAGGAAAUACGAGGCGGGCCUCGGUGGGAGGGACGCACUGAAGGAGGAGGGAGGAAAGGGGGCGGCGGCGGCUCUCACCGGACUCGGGCCCCGCUCGGCGCGCACCCAAGGGGGGUCGGGCGGGGAAGCGGCGCCGGGCCCGGACCCCCCGCGGGAGCUGGCGGUUGGUGUGAAGGCGAGGCGGCGGCAGCGGCCAACUGGGAGCAGCGGCUGCGGGUGAGUGUCCGCGAGGAGGCCCGGCACCUGCCCGAGCCGGGGCGUCGGGAGUGGCCCCGGGGUCGUCUCGGUGACCCCGCUCCCGGGCAGUGGGCGUGUGCUGGUCUGCGGGUGUCCCGGGGACUCGUCUCGGCUUGGGGCUGCGGCGGACUCGGAGCACUGCAGGGCUGCCGGAGGUCUGCGCAGGGCCUGGCGCGCCCGCCCGGGACGCCCCGGGAGGCCGAGAAGAGAGGGAGUGGCCGGGGGCCUGGGUUGGCCUUCGCCCCCCAGCAGAGGGGAUGA